AUGCCUUGGGAAAAGAUGGCUAAAUUUGAUACAGCUGAUUCAGCUCUUGAGGUACUUGCUCAAGGUCUAGCACGUUGUAAUCAUAUAAAUCAAAAACAAUUAAAUGUUAUUAUUGAAUUACUUGGACAAGUACUUGAUGGUCCUUAUGAUAUUCAACGUGUAUGUAUAUCAGCAUUUUUUGCCGAACUUAUACGAUGUAAUCCUGACGAUAGUGAAGAUCAACGUUUUGUUGGUGAACUUAUUCGUUAUCUAUUGGAACGUUUAGUGGAUCAUAAUAUUUAUGUAAGGAAGUUUUGUUUAUGUGGUCUUGGUUGGUGGCGACCAGUUGGUGAUAGUCCAGACGAUAAAGGUUUAUCAACCACUAUUCUUGCAUCAUUAAUUUCUGGUUUGGACGAUCGUGAGGAUAAAAAUGAUCUUCUUAUACUUGAAGCAAUGUGUUCAUUAUCAAAUGUAAUUGCCGUUAUGAAUGAAGAUGAAGUACGACCUAUUCUUAUGAAUGUUCUUCUACGUAUUCGACCUUGUUUUGAAAAAGAUGAAGCAAAAGUACGUUCAGCAGCAUUUACAUUAUUUGGAAAAAUGGCUUCAGUAUGUGAAGAAAGAUCACGUGAAGCAUUCGUUGAACAAAUAUUUUCAUCCUUAAUAACAUUAACACUUCAUUUAAAUGAUCCAGUUGAAACAGUACGUGAAAGUUGUAAAACAUGUUUUCAAUCUAUUGCACCAUUACUCGAUCAACCAACAUUAAUUGAAUUAUUUAAAGAAACUCUUCAACCAAAAAUUGCUCUUCAAUAUACAGAAUUUAUAAGUGAUUUUGCCAAAGUUUUAGUUCAACAAUAUCCAUAUAAAGUUAAUUUUUUUAUUAUGAAUUGUAUAAUCUUUUUUAAAAAUCCUGUAUCAGAAUUACGUGCUAAUGCAGCAAAACUGUAG